AUGUGGCAUGCUGGUAAAAGUAAAGGUGUUGAAUACAAGUCUUUGUCGGUCAGGAAAUACUCACAUACUACAAGCAUGCAUCAUCCUCGAAAGUCCGAUCGUUGGCGAGUAAAAGGACCGCUACUGUCAUCAAACCGUGUGUUUUUGAUAACACUGGUGGUGUUGGUGGUUGGUCUAUCGUUGACCGCUUUGAACGUUUAUGAGUUACGUAAUAUGCAAAAUAAUCACAUGAUUUCUUAUCAUGGGUAUUUACCGAAUGCUGAGGCACAGAAUGCAAGAUUGGCCACCAACAGGCCGAUAUUGUGGCUCUACGCAAAAAGGCCUGAAAGCGGCUAUCUAAAUCAUGUUAUCGCAGUGUUUGAAAGACUUGGAUUUUUACGGGGUGGCCCUGAAUCUGAAUGGGAUGUAAUAUGGGCCCAUGAUUACCCAUUUGUUGAACUAUCUAAACAUCUUAUGAACAUGUUGCCCCAUCAAAGAAUCAACCAUAUACCAGGCAUUGGAUUCAUCACCAACAAGGUAUAUCUUGCUACAUCCAACCUCAAGUACAUCCCCAAAGCGUUUGAAAUGCCAGAACAGAAGGAGUUAUUUUUAAAACAGGUCGAAGAAAAACCUGAUACGCUUUGGGUACAAAAGAGUAGUAACCACAGAGGUAUUCAAGUCAAGAAAUUAAAAGAUUUGGAUUUAGAUAAUGAGAAAACAUUUAUGCAAGAAUAUAUACAUAAUCCCUUUCUGAUUGAUGGUAGAAAGUUUGAUAUUGGUGUGUAUACUGUGAUUUCUUCUAUUGACCCGCUGAGAAUCUACAUAUACGGUCAAGAAACACUUAUUAGAUUCUGCAGUAAAGACUAUUAUCCAAUUGAUUUUGAUGAUGUGGAUAAGUAUGUGGUUGGAAAUGAUUAUACUCCCACAUGGCAG